GCGGCUCAGGCAAGUGCCGUGGCGGCAGCCCCCUGGAUUGCUACGGCGGCGUGGCGCGGAGAUACACCAAGGUCGAGGAGAUCCGAGCCACCCACCCCAACGUGCUGCUCCUGGACGCCGGCGACCAGUACCAGGGCACCGUGUGGUUCAGCUACUUCAAGGGGCGGGAAGUGGUUCGCUUCAUGACCCUCCUGGGCUACGACGCCAUGGCUUUGGGGAACCAUGAAUUUGAUAAUGGUCUGGAUGGAUUAGUGGAUCCACUACUUAAAAAUGUUAAUUUUGCAAUUCUGAGUGCAAACAUUAAAGCAAGCAAAUCAGUAGCAUCCAAGAUUGCUGGAUAUUUUCAGCCUUAUAAAAUACUACAUGUUGGUUCAGAAAAAAUUGGAAUUGUUGGUUAUACUACUGUGGAAACAUCUUUCCUUUCAAAUCCAGGAAAGGAUCUAAUCUUUGAAGAUGAAGUUAAAGCAUUGCAGCCACAUGUGGAUAAGCUUACCACAUUGGGAGUGAAUAAAAUUAUUGCACUAGGGCACUCUGGUUUCUCUGUGGAUCAGAAGAUUGCUCAAAAAGUGAGAGGAAUUGAUAUUGUAAUUGGAGGACAUACAAACACAUUUCUUUAUACAGGCCCUCCACCUUCCAGUGAAGUGCCAGAGGGUGACUAUCCAUUCCUGGUGAAGUCAGAUGAUGGGAGGCUGGUGCCAGUUGUACAAGCCUAUGCUUUUGGAAAAUAUCUUGGUUAUUUAAAUGUAACAUUUGAUGAUCAAGGAAAUGUAAUUGCUGCAUCUGGAAACCCUAUUAUACUAAAUAGCAGCAUUCCUGAAGAUAAAGUCUUGAGAGAAGAAGUUGACAGGUGGAGGCUACAGCUGAAUAAUUUUUAUUCCAGGGAGAUUGGGGAAACUGUGGUUUAUCUAAAUGGUACAAAUCAGGCAUGCCGUUUUCAAGAGUGUAACAUGGGAAAUUUGAUAUGUGAUGCCAUGAUUUACAAUAACCUCAAACAUAGAGAUGAAAAUACAUGGAAUCAUGUUUCAAUGUGUAUCCUGAAUGGUGGUGGGAUACGGUCACCCAUUGAUGAAUACAAUAAUAAUGGUACUAUUAUCAUGGAGGACCUGUUAGCUGUGUUGCCAUUUGGAGGUACUUUUGAUCUGAUAGAGUUAAAAGGCUCUACUCUCAAAGAAGCAUUUGAGCACAGUGUGCACAGAUACGGAAAAGGAACUGGCGAGCUGCUUCAGGUUGGGGGCAUUCACGUGGUGUACGAUCUUUCCAGACCACCAGGAAGCAGAGUUGUCAGUAUAGAAGUUCUUUGCACAGCCUGUAGAGUACCAGCUUAUGUACCACUCCAAAUGGACAAAACAUACAAGGUGCUUCUUCCAUCUUUUCUGCAGCAGGGCGGAGAUGGAUACUACAUGCUAAAGGAAAAAUCACUGAGUCACAAUUCUGGUGAUUCUGAUAUUGAAGUUGUGUCCAAUUACAUCUCUAGAAUGGGUCGUGUUUUUCCAGCAAUUGAAGGUAGAGUGAAGUUCUCUGCAGGAAAUUUCAUCCAAGGAAGUCUUACUCUGACUGCUGGAUUAUUCACUGUACCACUCCUGCAUUUCAUUUUUUAACUCUUAUUUGCAGCAAACAUUAAAGCAGACCCUAGUUCACAGCAUCCAUUCAGUAAUUACAGUGGAGAGCCAGCUCUGCUACAGUGAAGAUUGAGACCAGCUCUUGCUUUAAAACU